UGUGUGUUGUAGGGUGCGGUUUCUUGAGUCCAGCUGUAACCGGUUACCGGAGACUCCGUCACAUACACGGCAGCGCUGUAUGGUCAAACACCACAACACUUAUUCUCCGGAGCGGCUUUAUGAUUAAGCUACAAUCUUCAAUGAGUAAGCAUAUUCCACAGUUCUGUGGUGUUUUGGGUCACACAUUUAUGGAGUUUCUGAAGGACAGUGGCGACUACUGCCAGGCUCAGCACGGCGUUUAUGCAGAGAAGUGAACGGCCGGCCUCGCUACCUCAUCAGAACAGAGACUUGUGUUACAGUUUUAACGUUGGCGGGAUCGGGCUUGGAGAGCGGGCGUCCACAGCGGUCGGCGGUUCUGGAUGGGGUAAAACAAAUCUCUUGAAGUUCACUGCCCUCGUCGGCCCUACGUCUUCACUCUCACCAGAGGACCAGCCUUGUUUUCUAGGGUUUUUCCUUUUUUUUUUUGCUAUUAAUCCCGCCCACCUCUGGGUCACACCUCUUUUCUCCUAAUCGUAUCCGCCAGCAUUUCUUUUGUUAUUAGAGAAAGUUUUUUCCAUUUUUUUCUUUGAGAUUUUCAAGCUGUUUUGAAAACUCAAAAAUGGCGCGUAUGAAUAGACCUGCCCCAGUGGAGAUCACUUACAAAAACAUGAGAUUCCUCAUUACCCACAACCCCACUAAUGCCACGCUUCACAAAUUCAUUGAGGAACUGAAGAAAUAUGGGGUGACGACGGUAGUUCGAGUGUGUGAGGCCACAUAUGAUGCAAACCUGGUUGUUAAAGAAGGUAUUCAGGUUCUGGAUUGGCCCUUUGAUGAUGGAGCUCCUCCCUCUAACCAGAUCGUUGAUGAUUGGCUGAAUCUUCUUCGGAUGAAGUUUAGGGAGGAGCCAGGCUGCUGUAUUGCCGUACAUUGUGUUGCAGGCCUUGGAAGAGCCCCAGUGCUGGUUGCUCUGGCCCUGACGUGCAGAGGCUAUUCCGCUUUUUUAUGA